GUUGUGCAGAUUCGACUGGACGAUGAUAUAAAAGUACCGACCAACAAACACACACACACACACACACAUCAGCAAGCAAGGAACGAAAUUUUACCGGGAACUUUCACUGAAUCUUUGGCUCGUUGCAUUUUACUUUUUAUCCAUCUACGGUGGGAGUCUAUCAGUCGGUGGUACCUUGUGGCCAGUUUGGUACUUGCGGUACGCGACAGUUAUGGUAAAAGACGAUCGCGUUGAAGGAACGGAACUGUGACACCGGACGAGUUGUACGGGCGAUGUGAUUGUGCGUUUCGUUAGUGCAGUGAUUGUUUCACCUAUGAGCAGGAACAAAGAAAAAAUGUCGGCCGCACAGAUUUUGAUAAUAAGACUAUGUAUUGUUCUUGGGAUGGUGGCCGCUGUCAUGACCAUUCUCUAUCUCACCCCCAUACCUGAACAAUCAUUUAAAAGCUGUGAUAGGCCGUGCCACGAACUGGACUGGCCCAUGAUAUGUAGAGUCAAGCUGAACAUAGAAAUGUACCAGACAAUGGCCAGUGAAUGCCAAAACUGCCCGUCGAACUCGUCAGAUUGCGACAACAAGCUGUGUGCCACCGCCGACGGCAACGCCAGGGGUAUCAUCACAGCAAACAGACAGUUGCCAGGCCCUCCCAUACAAGUGUGUCAAAAUGAUAUAUUGGUCGUUGAUGUAAUCAAUAAAAUUCCAAGCCACACCCUGAACAUCCACUGGAGAGGACAGCCGAACCACGAAGCCCCAUUUAUGGACGGCAGUUCCAUGAUUUCGCAGUGUCCCAUUCCGGGCUACACGACUUUCCAGUACAAGUUCAGAGCUUCCGCCCCCGGUACUCAUUUCUACCACGCGUUCGCCGACUCCGACAGAUCGGAUGGUUUGUUUGGUGCCUUGAUCGUCAGGCAGGCGGAAAAAAUUGAGCCGCACCACAAGUUGUACGAUGUUGAUUCGAAGGACCAUGUGAUUUUGAUAUCCGAGUGGUCCAGGGACUUGUCCAGGGAUCUGAUAUUGGAGGAAGAGGUGCCAAAGGCGCUUUUGAUCAACGGGAAGUCUCCGCCUGAAGGGAAAUCGUCCCUCGCUUCCUUUACAGUCAGGAAAGGCAAGCGUUACAGGUUUAGAACCGCUUAUACAUCGGGUUACAUGGGUUGUCCUAUAACAAUAUCCGUUGAUAACCACAAAAUUAAAGUGAUUGCUUUGGAUGGCAACCCCAUAACGCCAUACGAAGCUAGUUCGGCCACCAUAGGAAAGGGUGAACGUAUGGACUUUGUUUUGAAAACUGAUCAAGAUGUUGGUGCUUAUUAUUUGAGGGUUAAGUCACGGUGUAACAACAAUGAGUUGAAUGGACUAGGUAUAAUCAACUAUGAUGGCAUCACCAAAAAGGAGUUUUCGUUUAAAGAGAAGACUAAACCUGGUGAAGAGACAACUAGGUCGUUUGACACAGCUUUUUGUGACAGUCAGAUUGGCAGAGUUUGUCUGAGAGAUGUGAAGGCCUUAGUCAAGAUGCCUUCGGAGCUCAGAGAACAUGACGUUUCAAGGAAAAUUUACCUGGAAAUCGAUUAUAAAUUGGGAGAAAACAUUAUCAAAGAGAAAGGUGAAUUCAGGGAUCUACGGUCCAAAAUAUACACGAUUAACAAUUUAACGUUCACAUACCCUCCUUCACCCGUUUUAACACAGCCCGACGAUAUGCCGGCGGAUUUGCCGUGCAAUGAAUUAAACAUGCCCGAAAAGUGCAACGGAAAGCUGACUUCGCUCUGCGAGUGUUUCCACGUGGAAUACAUCCCGUUGGGUGCCACCACUGAAAUCAUAUUAAUCGAUAGAGGUGGUGAUGAACAGGAGCACAUCUUUCACAUGCACGGCUACUCGUUCUACGUAGUCGGAAAGAACACCUUCGACCACCCCCUCAGCAACGAAGAAGCCAAAGCUUUAGACGCAAAAGAUAUGCUGAUCAAAAGAAACCUGAACAGUCCAGUAUUAAAAGACACCAUAAGAGUUCCGAGGAACGGUGUCGUAGCUUUAAGGUUCAUCGCCACAAAUCCAGGUUUUUGGAUACUGAAGGACGAGCAGUCGAAGAGUUGGACCAGAGGAUUGGACAUCGUCUUUCAAGUGGGCCACGUGGCCGACAUGGUGCCCACACCAAAGAAUUUCCCCACGUGCGGAAACUUUAUCGGACCCGACUUUUUUCUUUUAUAAUUUCGGCGACUCUCUAUUCUUCUACAGUGUGAUGACUUAACGUUAGUUGAUUUCGUGGAGAAACGUGAUAUUUUUUGUUAUUGUUAUAUUUAUGCUAUGUAUUGUUUUUUUUUAAAUAAAAGAUUUAAAUACCAUACAA